CAGUCCCCACUGUCCCUCGACCUUCAUAUUCCAAUCUACAAACAUCGAACGACCCUUGUCCUAAAUUCAAGCUUUGUCCGAAAAAAGGACACUCUACCGGGAAAAAGAAAAAUGCCGGUCAAGAGUGAACCAUCCACGCCGCCACCGAGGAUCGGCAAGAUCGGGCCGUACACCGUGUUCGUUACGCCUCCGGCCACGCCUAAUGCCACCCCCAAACCGGAGUCUCCGGCCUCCCAGCCGCCGGUCCAGAUCCCUCCGGCACCACGGGUCAUGGCCCCGCCGGCUCAAUUUGAUAAAGAGAAGCCUUCAUCUUUCGCCUUUUUCUGGAACACGGUGGCCAAGUUCAAAUUGACCUCACUCGCAGCGCAUGCUAGUUUGGAUGAGCAUGUAGCACAUUGGUUCGGCUUGAACCAGUCGAAAUAUCAAUGGGCAUUGGAUGAUUAUUAUGAAAACAAUGAAAAGAUAUGUUGCCUUAUUACUCAUUGUGAUCCAAAAUUGAUUUGGUCUGUUUCACGUAUUGAUUACAGAAUCAGGAGGCCAAAGUACAAGCUAAACCAAGCAAAAUACAGAAUGUGUAACAAGCCGGUGGAUGGCAUUUUGGGAAGGUUCUUUCUCCAGUUCCUUUAUUCUGAAUUCGGAAUACUAAAUGACGAAAAUCCUGCAUUUUGAUGAGGAAAUUCUUAUGUUGUGUGUGCUAUAAGAGAUUUAGCUGUUUCAAUUUCGAUCUCAAUGUAACUAAUCUAUAUGUUUUUGUAACUGUGAUGAUUGUACCUGCUGUAACUUUGUGUAAUCCCAGAUAUUUGUAUGAAGUUAUUUAUUUUUAUCGGGUACUAAUUUGCGCGGCCAAUGAAAUAUGUUAUUCAGAGAAAUUAUACUUCUUGUUCGAACUUGUGUCGGGAUUUUUAUUUCACACAACCUGUGUCGAAUCAACAGUAAAAAGUAAAAACUAUCUACAGCAA